GAAAAACCAUAGCAAAAACCGAACGCACACUAAGCCCACUAAAACUGCUAAAACCUAGCAAACAUUUGCUACUUGUACCACUAGGGUUUAAGCUUCCGUCUAUUCAAUCUCGCAAGCCAAUUGCUAACCUUUAAAACCAGAAAAUGGCUUUCUUCUGCAGAUCAGCUCUAAUGGCGGGUACAAGGUCUAUCGCAGCUCGUUCCAGAACCGUGACCCCAAAAUCAAUUCCCUCUCCUUUCUCCUCUUCAACCACCCGAGCCAUCCCUCGUGCUUCGCGGAUUGUUACGGUAUUGGGAAGCGUCGAGUCAUUGAUGCCACUUCACAGUGCCAUUGCAUCUGCUCGACUCAAAUCUAGCAUUGCCAUGGAUUCUACCUGCUGGAGCUGCCUUUCUCAAGACUUUGCAGUUCCUCGGUAACAACUUCAGGCUUCAAUCGUUUCAAUCCAAAUUGGCUUGCAAUUCAGCUGUUUUCUUCCCAUGUUGGCUCCCUCGUCCUUCUUUUGUUUUUAGGUCCAUAUCUGACUAUUGGUCUAAGUUUCAACCGGUGCAGACAGUUAGUCCUUUUUCUUAACUUCUCAAAGAUGAAAGGUUGCUUUAUGUUUAAUAUAACAGUGAUUUACAUGUCAGGUAUCUGUUAAUCAACUUUUGCUCUUCAAUAUUAUUUAUUUUUGAAAAAAUAAAUCUCUCUUUCUGGUUCAAUGGAUUAUCCUAUAAAAUCACAUUUUGCGGUUUCAAAAUGUAACCGUUCUUGUAGGCUGUAGUUAGUCAUACAUUGGUCGUUUGACAUGCGUAUAAACUUUUUCUCCUCUUAUGUUCUAAGUGUUUGUAGGACUGGAUAUAGUUUAAUAGGUUUCAUGUAUAUGGAGCCACAUUAUCA